UCUUCCGACAAAAUAAUUAUCGCUAUCAGCGCGUUCAAAACUUGCUAUUCGGUCGAGCUCUUCCCCGUUUCAGAAGACUCCAUUCUCUCCGAAGUUUUUGUUCAAUGUCAAAGUGACAGUCCCUAGGAGGUCUUCUUCCCACGGGUUAAUUGCCUUAUUUAUUAAAUUCACAGACGAGGACGAGUCGCUUGCUUAUUUUUAGAUUCAACCAUGGUUAGCUCUUAUCUAGUGAUUCAGACGUUAUCUAGCCUCGCUAUCGGAUCGAAUAUCAUAACUUGAGAUCCCGUAUCUACUGAUAAGUUUCCUCGCAAGCUGGUUGACAAAAAAAAAAAAACCGACGAAUUAGAAAGGUACAGUACCCAGAAGUAUAAUUACCCAGUCGACGUCAUGCUGGAUAUAAGAAGUCAUAAACUUUUGCAAAGAGAAAUAUUCAUUGGGCAACUAUGAGUUGCAUUUUGGAACAAAUGUUUGAGAAGCUAACAUUGAGAAGAUUACAGGAGCAACUUUUGAAAAUUCCUUGAUAAUCGCUGAUAAAUAGAAAACAGGAAAUACGCAUUAAUGGACAAUACGAAAUGCCCACGAAAUUAUUUUCCUCACUUAAAAUCAGGGAUUAAGACUGAUUCAACGGAAGAGAGAUAUGCUGAGAAGCAAAAGCAGCAUACCCCUUCACGUGGAAAGAAAUGUCAAGGCGACAUUGUAUACAUACAGAAUCCACUGUUCCAAAACUUCUUUAACAACGGUUUAACAGAGUUCAAAGACACUACUGGCAGCUGUGAAUAUUAUUCAAGAAAUCUUACCACGAAUUCGAAUCACGAGGGUAAUUAUUGCCACAAGUUAUACUCUCAGGAUUGUAACUUCCAGAAAUUUCAACAUCACGAAUGUAACGGUGCGCAAAUAAAUGUAACCCAUAAAACUCGCAAAAGUAGAACAAAAGCAAGGGCUAAAACGAGAAGAGAUAUGUUGAUUAAUGAAAGCUCGGACGACGAUUACUGCUCUGUGAAUUCUUUGUUUGACUUGCAAUUAGCAGGCAACAGAAAUUCUUUAAACAUGAAUGACGCGUACAACAGGAGAAGUCGUUCGGCUAGAACAGAAAGAUACCUUCGCCGGUUGUCCAAGGAUGAAAAUUAUUAUGACAAUGAAUUUUGCACUGCAAAGAUUAGCUCCCCUAAAAGAUUUCAAGAUGGUAAAUCGGCCUCGACAAAAUGGGAAAGCCAAGUUCCUGCCCCUUCAAAUAAUCUUGACGAAUGCAACCCUAACUUGUUUUAUUUCAACCACAAUGACACAGUAUUAAAUAAUCCUAUUUAUAAUUCAUCCCGAGCAGAUUCUCCAAUUCUUUACCGUAGGCCCAGAUCGCAGACUGGUCGAAAAGAGUUUACUGAAAAUCAAGCUCACGGCGGGGAUUUUAACUACAGCAGAACGCGUUGUUCCGAUCCUGGCACCGACGCUUUUCUCGCUUACAAGAAUAAUAAAUUGCCACGCCCGCCUGACUACCUCCAAUAUGUUGAGCCAAAAAUAUUCAAUCAUGAGCAUUCAACUCAGAUUAUGCAACUAAAUAAACCAGCAGCUACUCACCGGGUUAAACGUUCCAAUUCGUUUCAAAGUGAACCUUUAAAAGAGUACGAAGUGAGGAACCAUAUUUGGCUAACAAUGGGUAGAAAACCAAAAGCUGAAGCUGGUAAAUUGGGCACUAGCAUUUCAAGUACUGAAGAAAAGUGGAUCGAUUCAGUCUUACCACCAGUAUCGUCAAAGCCUGUUCCUACAUCAAGACAAGCUGGAUUAGAUUUCCAGAGCAGAAUAAUGUUGCUGCCAAAAGAAACGAGCAAACUUACAGCGAGCAAUACCAAAAUACCACAAAUGGCAGAUUUGUCAGAGAUGUACAAUUCCAGUUCCACCAAUCUGUUGUCGGACACUGAUAAAGAUAAACAGAUUGCUAAAAAACGAAGUUCGAAAGAUUUCAGCAAGGAAUUAUCGGAACUGGAAAAAAUGUACGACAGUCUCCGUCUCAGUGACGAUAAUUUGCUGGAUAGAGCCGAAGAGCGUUGCAUCGAAGAGUUCAGCCAAAAGGGACAAUCUCAAUCCUCAGCUACUGAGCAUGCCAAGUAUCUCUCGAGCAGUUCGUCAUCCGAGUCUCUAAACUUGGAGGAUGGUACAGCGGGAGAAAAGUAUUCCCAGCAGUCCAGUGAGCCGCACGUUGUUAACGACGAUAUGGCAUACAGAAAAAUGCAAUCCAAAAGAAUGCCGGCACUGUCAGAAACCCAGAAUUCUCUGUCGCAGAUAAGCUAUCUGCUUGCAUCAUCGGCGCUGAUCCUUGACAAGACCGAUUAUCCAGAUGAUACGAUUAAAUUGACCAAAGAGGAACCAAAUAUAACAAAAGAUGAUAUGGUUUAUCGAAAUUUACAUUACGCAAACAAUGUCCUCAGGGUUGUCGAGCCUCAGCCGCCGUUUGGAAUACCUCUGAGGCCAGCAACCCCGUCCACCAAUAGCAACUACUUGUGCUCCUCGCCUGUGGUUGUAAAAAGUCCUCCGUUGAAGUACGUGCCUCAAAGCGAACCAAAUCUAAUAACGGAUGACCUGGCGUUCAGGAAUCUUAGGAAAGAUGCUCCAAAGGCAGCUACACCGCAACCUGAGGAAGACAGUAAAAACGAAAUGAAUGUUUUCCUGUUCAACACAGAUAUGGAUAAAACGUCUAAGGACGAUCAGUUCUUUAGAAAGAAAAAGAAAGCUGUAAGAUCUUUGUCAGCCAAUUUAUAUGGUCUGAUAAAAGAAGUAAAUAAUUUAGAUUUGAACGUUAUGUAAUCGAAUACAUAAUCAUUAUAAAUAUAAUCCAUCAAAUAUAGAAUAUUAGCAGCUGCUUUUAGCGUGCUUUACUAAUUAUACAGUUGGAAUAUGUAAAUUUCGAUUUUUCAAUUACAUGACAUAAAUGAAUCGAAGUAGCUGUAAUCGGACUAUAUUUUUGCCAAAGAAAUAUUUCAUGCGGAGAAUAAAGAAUGUUUGAUAAAAUUUAUCGACUUAUUUAACAAAUUGAAUAGAAGAAUAAAAUUCGCUCAAGUUUUAAAGAGGUAGGGUGAAUAGGUAUUAGUAGCAGAGUUAUUGCUUUCAAGUAAAUAAAUUGUUGCGUUGUGGUUAGCUUUUAUUAGGGUGCCAAAAAACGACGUUUUGGGUGAUCAGUGCCUUGUAGUAUUUUUGUUGCAUGUAUAAAAGUGAUUACAAAUCUUGAAUGGUUAUUUAUGAAACUUGAAGUUCUUAAAAAAAAUUAUAUUAUAUACAUACACAUACUGUUUAUAUAUAUACAUAAUAUAUUGUUAACUAUAUUUUCUAACUGUAUUUAAGCGAUGAUUGAUAAGAAUAAAAUAAAAGAAUAAAUAAAAAAAAAUUUGAAUAUGGCAUGUUACAUUAACUUGUUACUUUUCCUUCACUUAUAUUUUCAAUGCGCAUGUUCUUGCAAAAUAAUAACAACACCACAUUAGAAUAACUUCAUUUCUGAUGUGCAGCAUUUAUUUUUAAACUGUGAAUUGGUGCAUUGUCGUAAGUUGAAGUAUGCGACAUCUUUUUUCGACCCAAAAACUUGAAUACCUGUACUCUUGGUUUUUCAAAAUUAACAAUCGUUGGGUUUUAGAUUUACCAAUAAGAAGAAAAAAAUAUUUAUUCAACACUCACAAUGAAAAGGACCCAAAGCAAACGGUCAGGUUCAGGAUUGCCGAGAGGCGUAAGCUUGAAAAAACCGUUUGGCUUCUGCUGUGACGUCAAGAAUCAAGACUUGGACACUCGGUACGACAGGAGACAGCCGCCGUUCAAGACAUCAAUGGAAAAGAUAUUUUUAAAUGGCGGAGGACCGGACUUGAAACUGCGAAUUCAGGAUAUUGGCAAACCUCCUUAUCCUAUUCGCAGAGAGAGUCGAAGAACAUUGAUUGGGGCCCCGAUGGGUGAGUGUAACAGAUGUCGAGGCCCACUGAAAUGGUACCUCGAGGAUGAAAUAUCCCUUGCACGCGACUUGCUGGCUCACGACAGGCAAACUAAGUACAAUGCAGACGCUGACAAGCAGGUUAAUAUCGCUUUGAAAAAAGGUAAGUUUUUGAUGCACUUGUUAUAAAGCUGGGCACUAUUUAAAGAGGUGCCCUAGUCGAUUUCGACAUUGACGUAUAUAACUCCAAAUACCUAAGUCCAUGUAUCUCAGAAGCAAUAAAAGGGUUUAACAGCUCCAUACUAUACACGAUUCUGAACAAAACCACUCCAACACAUUUUUAUUUGAUGUGGAAAUAAAAAAAUGACACUGAUUCUAUGAAACUGCAAUAAUAAUUUUGUAGAAUUCAUGCCAUUUCUUUAUUUUGGAAUGAAAUGAAGCUGUGUUGGGAGUGUUUUUGUUCAGAGUUUGUGCUUAUGAGUAACGCGAACUUAGAUACUUGCAAAUAUAUGCGUUGAAGUCAAAAUCGACCAGGGCACCCUAAUAAACAGCGUAUUUUUCCUUCCAGUGAGAAGAAAAAAGGAACUCAUGAAAAAACAGAGGCAAUAGAAGGUGAACUAGGAUGGAGUAUGUGACGUGAUAGGAAGUACUUGAGAUUAUUCUGUAAUUCUCACAAUUCUUCACAAUCUUGACUGAUCUAACAUCGGAUUCAUUUUUCCAGUGAUCCGGAAUUAAGGUAAUUUAUACAUAUGUUUUUACUUUUCUUACUAAUAAACAACGAAAUCGACAAGCAAUUAAAUUUUUCAAACCUUCUUUUACGCCUUAGUAAUUUAUUUUCUCGAUGUACAAUUACCACAGAAAACAAACUGGAAACAAAAAAAUAUAUAUCUAUAGUAUGUGAUCACAAAUUUUUUUCCACAACAUAUCCUGCGUUGUCUGUUGAUAUAAUAUAAUAUGAUACAGUCAAGCAUUCGCUGCUUUGAGAAAGUGUUCUUGGGUACAAUAAAAAGAUAAUAGCAUUGUUAAUUGUAAAUAUUUCUCAACAAGGAAGCGUCAAUGCAAUUGAGAGAAAAAUACAAAAUUAAAGAAUGAAGAAAAAGAACAAUAAUACAAAAAGUACCAAAUGAACAACAGAAAGGAAUAACGCAUGUCUUUCAAGAAAACAAUUAGAUACUGCGGAAUUAACUGCGCAAUGGCAAACAACUGUAUUGCCAUAAUUGGUCAUCACUACACAGAGGAACUUUUAAUAUAUCACAUUAGCAUAUCAUUAUACAACGACAGAAUUCAGCGGUUUCUUUGCACAAGUUCAUUGUGUCAAUACUGCUGCUGCAGCUUCUGAAUGAGUAUGUAAAUAUACCACAGCAGUCACAGAAAAGUCAAAAGAUAUGAAUUUAUAAUAUGUGUCUAUAUAUAUUUGUAUGUAUAUUGUGCGGAGCCACAAAUUUCACCGUCAAUGCGAUUCUAUACUACAUUAAUUCUGAACAUUUGUUUUUCCUCUUUAUAUCAUUAUAUACAUUCACAAGAUAUUGAGCCAGCAUUCUAUAAAUCAAAGGUAUACUUGAACGUCAGCAGAAUGUAUUUUUGUCGUCUUUAAUGGAAUAUUGUGAAAAAAAUUUCCAGUUUAAAAGAAAUUCAAAUUUUAUUAACAACGUUUUUUCUCUCAAAUUUGUGCAAAGCAAAUUCUAAAAAACUAUACGGUGCAAAAAAACAACUUUUUUUGGCACAAUUUAUCCUACGUAAUUUACCACCCAACAUUUUGAAAUUUCGGUAAGGCACAAAGUAUUUAAAUUUAACAAAAAUUGUUUUAAAGAGAUAAAGAAGAAAUACGAAGUUUUAAUCCAACUGUUAAAAGUUAGAGUAUGCUACGAUUGGCUUAAUUACACCUGAUUGAGGGCCAAUUGCAACACUACAUAUUCUUAAAAUAUUAAAGAUAACACAUAAUUCUAACAAUUGCGUACAUAUAAAAAGAAUUAUCGCUUGAAUCAAAUAUUAUAUUACUAGAAAACAACUUUCAAUACUUGUAAGCUAAAAAGUAAUAAUUAUAACUGAAAUAAGUCUGUUGUAUUAAUACACAUAUCUUAAUAAAGAGGGU